UCUGAAUUGAGGUUGCGCGCGCGACUGUAAGGCACCCAGCUGGGGUUCGGAACACUGUGCCCCCAGCCCCAUGCUCCUUUUCAGUCUACUUCUGUGUGUGGCUCCACUUGGCCUGCUGGGAGAGGAGACCCGCCAGGUGUCUCUGGAGGUCAUCCCUAAUUUGCUGGGGCCCCCCCAGAACCUACUUCAUAUCCGGGCAGUGGGCACCAACUCCACACUGCAUUAUGUGUGGAGCAGCCUGGGAUCUCCAGCAGCGCUCCUGGUGGCCACCAAUACCCCCCACAGUGAACUGAGUGUCAACUGGAGCCGCCUGCUCUCCGCUGAGCCUGCUGGCGGCUUGACGGUAUUCCCUGAGGACAGCAUCCAGUUUUCUUCAGCCCUUGUCUUUACCAGGCUGUUUGAGUUUGACAGCACAGAUGCAGCGACAAAGCCUCCAGGGAAACCAUAUCCCCCAUACUCCUUGAGUAAAUUCUCCUGGAACAACAUCACUGACUCACUGGAUCCUGCUACCCUGAGCGCCACUCUUCAAGGCCAUCCCACAGAUGACCCCACUGGGGCUUUUGCCAAUGGCAGCCUGACCUUUAGGGUGCAAGCCUUCUCCAAAUCCGGCCGACCUGAGCAGCCCCCACGCCUCCUGCACUCUGCGGACACCUGCCAACUUGAGGUGACCCUGACUGGGGCCUCUCCCCGGGGAAACCACUCCCUAUUUGCCCUGGAGGUAGCCACAGUGGGCCAGAGCCCUGACUGCCCCACCAUGGAGAAGCAGCACUCUAUCGAUGAUGAAUACGCACCUGCUGUCUUUGAGGUGGACCAGCUGUUAUGGGGCUCCCUCCCAUCAGGCUUUGUGCAGUGGCGACCAGUGGCUUUCUCCCAGAAGCAGGGGGGCCGAGAAUCAGCCAUGCCCUGUCAAGCUUCCCCACUUUACCCCACCAUGGCAUACCUUCUUCCCCAGUCACCUGUUGUCCGUGCCUUCUUUGGGUCCCGGAACAACUUCUGUGCCUUCAAUCUGACAUUUGGGGCUUCCACGGGCCCUGGCUACUGGGACCAAUACUACCUCAGCUGGUCGAUGCUCCUGGGUAUGGGUACCCCUCCUGUGGACACCUUGUCCCCACUAGUCCUAGGCAUCAUGGCUGUAGCCCUGGGUGCUCCAGGGCUCAUGCUGCUGGCAGGAGGCCUGUUUCUGCUGCUAGGCCCCAAGCGGUACUCAGAAUACCAGCCCAUAAAUUGAGGGUCACUCUGUAGAGGGAAGGAUGUUGUUGGACAUGCCUUGAUGUGCCUCAAACUCCAUAGGUUUGAGGGUUAAAGUUCCAGCUGUUCCCUUCUCCGAGCUUGCUUUUCUGCAGAACCUCAGAAACCAGCCUCGACUUCCUUCCCAUUCCAAGGAGGAGCCAGAGCCAAGAUUUUAUGGGAAGAGGGAGGGCUGCUCUGUGCUGCCUCUCUGCCCCUUCAUCCCCAUUUCCUCUGGAUGGAGUGCACAUCUCUCUCACCUAAGUGGAGACUUUCUGACUGACUGGUGGCCCUGGAAGGCAUGAAAUAGACUUUUUUUUCCCCGCAGGGUUCAUGUCUCUGGGAGUGUUGUUGGGUUAGUUUGGGGCUGGUUCCAGGGAAUGAGAGGGCUAGUUCACGUGUGCAGGAAAAGCCCAUUUUUCUCACCAGGCCUGGUUCUUGCCCUUGCCAUGGGAUCAGGCCUAGGCCACGUGGAGCAGGGAGUUCCGGUCUAAUCUGAAACAAGGGACACUUGAGACUGGGGCGGUGGGGGUGGGAGCAAACACAAAGAGCCAAGAAGCUCUGUGCAGUCAUUUAUUGUUGCUGAACACACAUACACACACAUUCACACGGGGUAAACAGCAGCCACUAUGCCUCCAGCCACUCCCAACCACAUGUGUGGACACACAACCACACUCCACCCGCAACCUCUCUUGGGACACCAGUUCCCUUAUCUGAUCCCCUGCCCUUAGCAGAGGUGCAACUUCUGGGCAGCUUAGAGGUGGAACAUUACAGAGGCUUAAGUCAGUUGUAAGGGAGACAGCAGCUAUACAGUCAGCUGAGACUAAAGAGCCUGUGAGGGAUUUCGGCGGGGGCCUUCGGCCUUCCCCUGCACACUUCCCACCCCCAGGUUUCAGCAAGUCCUAUUUCGAUCUGAUCCAGUUUUUAUCCUUAGGCAUAAGCAGUAUUUAUAGUCUCCUGGAGGCCUUCGGCUUAGAGAACUGGCCCGGAAUGGGCAGAUGUUGGCUGUGGUUCCGCUGCUCCCUCUCAGGGGGCUGGAGCAGUGGCAGCAGUGGGCCCUACUGACAGCUGGGAGGCAGCUCAGGAAGGAAGCACCCUGCUCCUGGUCUCGGCCCCACCCUCGGCAUCCUUAAGGGAUAUGGCUGUCCACCUCUUUCCCUGCAAGGUCUGUUUCUGCCCUGCCAGGUCCGCAGUGGGAUUCAUCCCAGAGACACCCAGGCUGGAGGGCCAGAAGGCAG